CCCUCUGCUCCGACUUAGACAGGCAAAAGGCGGAGGAGGAGCGACGGACCUCACAGUCAACAGACGCUCAACGCUGGGUGUACGGCAGUGGAGUCGGUAGAAGGAACGGAGGAACGAAAGACAUAACGGCUAUUUUCCAUUGACCAGUAAAGAGCCGGCAGAGAGAGCAACAGUAGAGAAGGCGAGCACGGCGGAGAGGAUAAUUGCAUUUCUGUCUGCCCUGUGGGAACAUGGGAUAUAUGACCUCAUCAUUCACCUGUGAGGCUCUCCAGUAAACAACUCCAGAUAGAAGGAUGACUGAAGCAGCUGUAGCAAGAGCAGAGGUCCUCCUGAAAACCUGCGAUGCGACAUCUUGUGAUGUCAUCAGUUGCCCCUCCCCACCACCAUGUCUGUCCCCCUGCAAUCAGAUGGAGGACGAGGAUUGUCACCAUGAAAAUAAGAAGCCGGAGCAGCAGAAAAACUGUAAUCAGGUGCAACCAAAGAAAAAAGUGAAGGCCAAAGGGAAGUUAGUGCGCAGUGUGGCUGUCUGCGAGGAGUCCGCACCAUUUGAAGAAACCGAGGCAUCUCCAGACGCAAACAUCUCAUCUAGCUGCCAUGACAACGAGAGGACUUCCUGUAAGGAGGAAGACGAGGAGAUCAGCGCAGAUCCAAAGAAACAUUCACUGUCCAAAGAGUCCAGCGUGGAAUACACCGACUCCACCGGCAUAGACCUGCACCAGUUUAUCGUCAACACCCUGAACAGCAACCCCAGAGACCGCAUGAUGCUGCUGAAGCUGGAGCAGGACAUGGUGGACUUCAUCACCAGCAAUAGUCCCUUUAAGAAGUUUCCUCACAUGUCGUCCUACCACCGUAUGCUGGUCCAUCGGGUGGCGGCCUACUUUGGCAUGGAGCACAAUGUAGACCAGACGGGCAAAUCUGUCAUCAUCAACAGGACCAGCAGCACUCGCAUACCAGAGCAGAGGUUUUUGGACCAGGUGCAUAAGGACAAGACAGAAGAGAUCCACCGGUGGAAAAUCAUUCUGAAGAGAGACAACAGCUCAGACGACCAGAACCGACUUCACCCCUUACGGGAGAAGCAGAGCAAGUCGAUGGAGGAGAGAGAGGAGGAGUACCAACGAGCGAGAGACCGAAUCUUCAGCCAAGAGCCGGUCUGCACCCAGGAGAGCGCUCAUGCAGAAACCAGGGCUGCUGCGGAGGAGUACAAUCCAUAUGCUGAGACCCAGAGGAGAAGGCAGCUCUUCAGGGGGAGCCGCGACAGCUCCGGCUCCAGCUGGACGGGCAGCAGCAGGCAAAGUAGCACUGAGACUGACUGUCGCUAUAGCAACGAACUCCGACCUUGGAGCAGCACAGACUCCUCAGAUUCUUCCUACCAAUGGACGAGUCCCGCCAUGAUACCUCGCCAAGCUGCGAACCACAGCUGGGACGCCGCACGUGCCUCAGGCUCCAUCUCUCUUUUCAGACUGCCAUCCACUCACCCUCACCCCUCCACCCCCCCCAUCAUAGACGAGCCGGCUCCUAACUCUGCCUACAUCAUAGAGAACGGGAUCCCGCCGGGAAGCAUACUUGUGAACCCACAUACUGGGCAGCCUUUCCUGAACCCUGAUGGAACACCUGCUGUCUACAACCCUCCGGACAGUCAGCAGCCAAUCAGGAGCCAGACUCAGCUGCAAGGCACUCCGUCUCAGCAGCAGGUGCUUCAGUACUCAUCUGUCUCGUACACGGCUCCGCAGAUGUUGCCUGUCACUGCUUCACAGCCAUACACCACCAUUGAAGACCUCUCCUCGCAGUUUGCUCAUGUGAGCUGUCAAUCGACGGGUGAAGCCCCGCCCCUCUACCCUCCCACCCAGGGUUACAUCUAUGCAGCGCCUCCCCCCCCUCCUCCCCCUCCAAACCCACCCAUCUACUGCCAGCCCUCACCUCCGUUACCUGUGUAUUACUACGGCCAGUACCCUACCUCAGCUCAGCACCAAUGCAGGCCCGUCUCCCCGAGCCAACACAUCCUCAGCCAAGCAGCCCCACCGACAGCCGCUUACGGCCCUGCUGUGGGGGUGCAGCAGCCCUCUCACCCCCCGCCCCAGGCUGUGCUGGGGUCCUACACAGCAAUGGCCCCUCAUCAGCGUAGCAUAGCUCAGGGAGGCGUUUCAGUGUCCUAUCCCCAAAGUAAAGUUGCCAGGGAGGGGGGUUACUGCUGCGUGGUGCCCCCACCCCCCCACCUGGGCAGCUGCCACCCUCCCAGCUGCCCCCCCCUCGGUGCCCCGGCCUGGGGCGCUCAGUACUGAUGAAGCCUCGGCGGACGGAGCCAUGAUCGCUGAGUUCCUCGUGAACUCACAUGCGUAGUUUCUUAACACAAACACCUUUUUCCACCCCCCCUCCCCCCAAACACCCGCCUUACUUCUUACGAUGCCCACAGGGUACACCUUUCUCACUCAUAACAAGCAUGCGCACACACACACACACACACACACACACACACACACACACACACACACACACACACACACACAUAAACCCCCUCACAGACAGAAAUGUACCACUGUACCAAAGCUUAAUAGUAUAUAUCAGAGCUGCUGUAUUGAAUGCAUAAUUUAUAUUCACAAAUGGAGUUUUAUAUUGAUAUUAAAUUAUAUAUUGUGUUCCAAGAAAAUGCACUGUGUGAAUAGAAUAAAGUGCUGUGGCUGGAUUGACGAUGUCACAUUUCUAUAUCA